CGUUAUAGUUCGAGUCAUAGUCAUCACCACGAGAAUCAACACAGCCAUCAGCCUUGGUGGCAAUACUACUAUCAACUUUAUCAUUAUAGCUUACCACCCGGUAGAAAACCGACCGUUUUUGGACCGUAUUUGUUAUUGCAAACAUUAGGCGAAGGCGAAUUUGGCAAGGUGAAAUUCGGUAUUGAAAUCAAGACAGGACAAGAAGUUGCUAUAAAACUGAUUAGAAAGGAUAGUAUUGACUCCACUUCUCGUAUGACCAAAGUGGAGAGAGAGAUAUCUGUGUUACGAGUACUCCAUCAUCCGAAUAUUGUUGAAUUAUUUGAUGUGAUAGAAACAGAGAAAUAUAUUGGAAUUAUCUUACAAUGUGCAACCGGCGGUGAGCUAUUUGACUAUAUUUUAGCUCAUCGAUAUUUGAAGGAGAAAGAUGCCAGUCGAUUAUUUGCUCAACUUAUCAGUGGUGUCAAUUAUAUGCACAAGAAACACAUUGUCCAUAGAGAUUUGAAAUUGGAAAACUUAUUGUUAGAUAGACAUCGUAAUGUGUUGAUCACUGAUUUCGGCUUUGCAAAUCAAUUCUCUUCAGCCCAUGAUGAUUUAAUGUCCACGUCUUGCGGUUCGCCAUGCUACGCAGCCCCAGAGUUAGUGAUGAACCAGCAAGGACUGUACGUGGGCCCUGCUGUCGAUAUUUGGUCUUGCGGUGUUAUUUUAUUUGCUAUGCUCUGCGGAUAUCUACCUUAUGACGACGAUCCAGCCAAUCCAGAAAGUUACAAUAUCAAUUUAUUGUACAAAUAUAUCCUCAACACGCCCUUGGUUUUUCCUGAUUAUAUUUCGGAAGAAGCAUGUGAUUUGAUGAGCCUCAUGUUGGUGCCUGAUCCUGAAAAAAGAUGCUCCAUGGAAACCAUCAUGGCACAUCCUUGGUUGGCUACUCAUAAACAUUUGUUUGUUUUACAAUCGGAUGAAGAGGAGGAAGAAGAGCUAUUGCAGCAGCAUCCUGAGGAAGAACAUCAGCCGUUGCCACAAGCACGCGAAGAAGAGGAAGAGGAAGAAGAGGAGGAUCAAACAAUGAUCACUUCCACCAUUUCAACGACAAAGCAAGAAAAGGUACAUGAAAACGCUGCCGUCACAGCAGUCGCUCAAUCUUCGAAACCGAAAGAAAUCACCACCACCACCACCACCACCACCAAAGAGGAACAACACAAUCACAAAAAAAUACGACCUAAAUCAACGGCUUCAUCUACCGAAAAGGUUCUUCAUUUCCUUUCUGGUGUACAUAGUCACACGUCUAAAUCAAGUCAAAAUAAACGCACGAGACACAUGUCUUUGGUAUCCGACCCUACAACGGCUACUCACAAAGAACAUCUCCAUGCUGAAUCGACAACUACUACCGCUCAUGCGAAUGCCUCCGCUUCAGCAACGAAAAAAAGAACCGUUCGUUUGAGUACUACCCUAUCCCCGCCUACGUUUCUAUCUGCCACUCCCCCGCCAGCUUCCUCUGAAAGAAGAGGUACAAGAAGAAAGACGCUCAGUUUAUUAGUCAACUCAAUGACGGAAAAAGGUAGCGCUAGUCGUCACCCUGAUCAGCCACCUCGUGCUCCAAUGGAACCUUCUAUUUCUGAGCAUGCGAUCGAUUCCACCCACAAACAUCGUAGUGCAGGCAAAAAAUUCAUGGAUUGGUUCAAGAAAAAACCACUGAGUUCUGCCCAUCAAAAGACGCAUCCACAUCAUUAUCCUCAUCGUCAUCCUCACCUUGAUAAAGAACCUGUCAUUAAAUUACGUACUCAUCACGGUGCUGUAGAUCAAGAAGCCCUUACCUCGCGGCCUCCUCAUCAAGUAUUCCAAGAUGUCAAGGUGGCCCUUCAAAGCUUGGGUUUAGAAUUUAAACGGGACGGAAGUAAUGAUUUUAAAUUAAAAUGCUCACGACCCAAAAACAAGAUAGACCCAAAGAAUAAGCAGGAUGAGUGCGUAGAACCAACUACGGGUAAUAGUCCUCAAACGGUAGCUCCUAUUUAUGGCGAUCCUAAUGUGGAUCCAGGAGAAGAG